CCACAGUGGGUCCCUGUCAGGGUACGCAUUAUCCCAGUGCACUGGCAACAUCUGUGUCACAAUUAUUUUUGGGAGCAUAUUAAAUUACAUACAUGUUUUUUAACCAGGAGGAGCAGAGCAGGACACUAUAAUUAUAUCAGAACAGCUGAGUGGAAGACUGCUCUCAAGGUGGUGCACACAUGCUGUGGGAGAAAGAGAGAGAAAAAAACAACUGUUGGAGAAUUCUUGUCCUUGGGGUUAAGGGGCAAAGAGGAUUGCAAGCACAAUGUGUUAUUGUGUUUCACUCUGCAUGCUUGUUUGUGUAUGAGAGAUUUUAGCAUUGUUUAUGCUGUCCUGGUUUGGAAAGUUCAUGCUUUUAUAAUGUAUGUUCAUGUACUAAAUUAUUAUGGUAACACUGGAAGACUCCUGUCAUAGUGAAAUCUGGCCUGUCGGUCUCAAAACUCAGAGAAUGUGUGUGUGUAUGUGUGUAAGUGAGAGAGAGAGGGAGAGAGAGAGAGAGGUUGAGUGCUCACUGUGAGAGGGAGACAAGUAGAGACAGAUGCACUUUCUCCUAUAAUGAGGGAAAACUAUUCAAAAUUAGAUAGGACUGAAAUAUCAGACCACAGUUCCAUGAAAAAUGAACAAAAAUACUUUGUCUUACAAAUGGUGGGAAAUACACCUCAGAAGAACAGAAGAACACAUCACGUCAAACUGUCACACCACCUGAGUGAAUAUAACUUAAAAUAAUGUUCAAAUAAGGAAUAUCAUGUGCAAGCCUUCGUUGAUGUUAUGACUGACAUUGUAAUAAUUGUUAGUGUUUAGGUUGGUGUGCUUAUUAAAUCAUCACUUCACUUUGAUAAUUCAGGGUACAUUUCCCCAAGUCCCCUAAUGGCCGUGAUAUGACAGGUUAGGACAAGGUUUUUUUGAUGAGUCCACAAAAAGAAAUUGCUCAUUUUCAUAAUCCAACCAAGUGGUCGUGGGUGGGUGACUACUGUUUCUGUUUUAAUUCUGAAGUAAGACAGCAUUCCUGUGGGAAUAUAUGGUUCAGAGAUGUAUGUAUGCAUUCAUAAAUAAAUUCAGGGACACUCCAGCCCCAUGCACUGAGUGCUCUUCCCAAACCCUGUUUUAAUUAAAAACUAAAAAAAACAUUAAAACAUCAUAAAUAAUUCCUUAUUAAAAUACAUUAUAAUUAUUGGUUUGCUUACUGAAGUUAUCCAGAGUGCUUUAGGUAGCCUUCCUUUUACUGCAUUUGUAUUAUUAUUGCAUACUUAUAUAGCUGGCUGUUUACUGAAAGUAACUUGAGUUCAAUAUUUUUAUGUGCUAAACUCACUCCUGCUGUGCUGUCCUGUCCUGUUCACAACCACCGGAGUGUAUGCACACCUGACUGUCUGAGGCAUCCAGAAAGUGUCCCAAAGGUCAAGGGAAGAGGAGUACUGCCUGACUGAAGAAUGCAUUGAAGCAGCCGGCUCGAUCCUGAGUAAGAUGGACCGCUCAGUAGAUCCUUGUGAAGAUUUUUACCACUACGCUUGUGGAGGGUGGCUCAGGGAAAACCCUAUUCCAGAAGAUUCCUCCAGCUAUGGCAUCUACCCCUGGUUGCGGCAGAACGUAGACCUCAAACUCAAAGAGUUGCUGGAGGGUCCUAUACUACCAGAGGACAUUGAAGCAGUGACAAAGGCAAAGGUGCUGUACCGAUCCUGCAUGAAUGAAACGGCACUGGAGGUGGAGGACGCAAAGCCUCUGCUGAAGGUCCUGAAGCAAAAGGAACUGCACUGGCCAGUUCUGGAGGACUCCCUGGGCUCAGCCUGGCAGUGGGAGGAGAGCCAGUUCAAUCUGCUGCAGACCAUGGCCCAGGUCCGCACCCAGUUUAGCAAAUCUGUCCUAGUGAGACUCUACGUCUCCCCCGAUGACAAGAACUCCAGCCAGUACAUCACUAAGCUGGACCAGGCAACACUGUCUUUAUCUUCUAGAGAUGACUUUCUCACCAACACUUCAGAAGCGCAGGCAUACCGUGAUGCCCUGCUAAGUCUGAUGGUGGACAUCGCAGUUAUGCUGGGAGCAAAUCAGCAGUCGGCACAGACCCAGAUGAAGGAUACUCUGGCCUUUGAGAUAAAGUUGGCUGAGAUCUUGAUUCCAUUUGAAAAUCGGACCAGUGAGAACCUGUACAACAAGUAUAGCCUGUAUCGCCUACAAAAGACUAUCCCAGAGUUUAACUGGCUGGAGUUUGUGAAGGCAGUUAUAGACACAUCUUUGUAUCCUGAGCUGAAGUCUUUGUCCACAUCAGAGCAGGUGAUUGUACGCACUCCCAAGUACUUCAAGGAUCUCUUCAAACUACUUAGCAACACAAAGAAAAGGACAGUGGCCAACUAUGUUGUCUGGCGAGCGGUCUUUACCAGAAUCACCACACUCAGUCGCCGUUUCCUCUACAGAUAUCUGGAUUUUGCUCGGGUUACCACGGGAACAACUUCACUGACCCCACGCUGGGACAAGUGUGUCAACUACGUGGAAAACACCCUUAUGUAUGCUGGUGGCCGAAUGUUCGUUGAAAAGCACUUCCAAGAAGACAAGAAACUAAUGAUGGAGGAGCUGAUCGAAGGAAUUCGAUGGGCAUUCAUAGACAUUCUGGAGAAAGAGAAUGACUGGAUGGAUGAGGUGACCAAAUCCAAAGCCGAAGAGAAGGCUCAUUUUGUCUUAGCAAAGGUUGGAUAUCCUGAGUUCAUCCUGAAUGACACCUAUAUCAAUGAGGACAUAAAGAGGUUGUCAUUUUCAGAGAAGGAUUACUUUGGGAACGUGAUGCAGACUCUGCGCUUCUUUGCACAGUCUGACAUUGCCUGGCUGCGCAAGACUGUUCCGCGCACAGAAUGGUUCACCAAUCCCACCACUGUUAAUGCCUUCUACAGCUCUUCCACCAAUCAAAUAAGGUUUCCUGCUGGUGAACUUCAAAAGCCAUUUUUCUGGGGACUAACCUACCCACGGUCCCUAAGUUAUGGAGCCAUUGGGGUCAUUGUUGGACAUGAGCUUACCCACGGCUUUGACAGCAAUGGACGAAAGUAUGACAAGAAUGGGAACAUGGACCAGUGGUGGAGCAACACCUCGAUAUCCCGCUUUAAUGACAAGACCCAGUGCAUGAUCAACCAAUACAAUGACUACCACUGGAAAGAAGCAGGACUUAACGUGAGAGGAAAGAGGACUCUGGCAGAGAACAUUGCCGAUAAUGGAGGGAUGAGAGAGGCUUUCAGGGCCUACAGGAAAUGGGUGGAGACAGAGAGAACAGGGAGGGAAGAGCCUCUGUUGCCGGGCGUGGGCCUGUCCAACAACCAGCUCUUCUUCCUGAGCUACGCACAUGUGCGCUGUAACUCCUACAGGCCUGCAGCUGCCAGAGAGCAGAUCCAGAGUGGGGCACAUAGCCCCCCCAAAUACAGGGUGAUCGGGGCAAUGAGCAACUAUGAGGAGUUCCACCGGGCCUAUGGCUGUCCUGUUGGGUCUGUCAUGAACCGGGGGGAUAAGUCCUGCCGUGUGUGGUAGAUGCCAAACCGAUGUGAGACUGGUGGCCAAAACCGAACAUUCAGCACUCCACCCACACACAGACCAGGGGAACAUCCUCAGGUCGGGGUUCUGUGUCCCCCGACAAGCUUGAUUACAGGUCCUUUGUUUUGACUGAAGGAAAGUGGCUUCCAGUUUUUCUCUUGUUCUGCUAUUAUCUUUUUUUGGGAAGGUGUUUUUGUGGCUUGUAACCAGGUUUUGUUCAGAAUUAGACAUUGUUGGAUUCAUUAACAGUCAACAAUAGAUAUAACAUUAUUUUUGUCAUUUCAGGUAAUUGAUUUCAGUUUCAAUUUCAAUUUUCUUUGCUAUUAUUAAAGUUAUAUAUCAAUAGGAUUUUAUAGGACUUAUAUGCUGUGCCAGAUGGCAGUUUCUGUCAUCUGUCUUGUACAAGAAAGAUUUUUUUUUCAUUGAAUAAUAUCUGUAAAAACCAGAGGCAUCAAUAUUUAUUUUCUUCUCCUUCAACUGAAAUUGAAGUUGAUUUUUUUGAAAUAUAGUUUUUUUCUUGACUCCCCAGUGAAUUUUUUUCGGCAGUUUUGGAUGCGAACUGUCAACCUUAACGUAGCCAACCUGAUUUGUAGCCUAUAGCAUUUUCAACAUAUUGCCAAAUUCUGGAAGAAACAAAGUGCAAAAAUUCAGAUUCAAGAAUGUGCUGGGAACAAGAUUCCAGUCCUUGUCAGUUGUAAUGAAAUGUUUGAUGGCCCCUGUCAACAAAGUUGUUGCUGAGCUUUCCUUCCCCCUUUAUGAUAACGUGUCAGUGAUGAUAACAAUAUGCUUCAUGAAAGACUCAAACCUCACAAUGUGCAACAUGUUGUACCAAAACAGCCUUUAAAGAAAUAAAAACAUACACCCGUUGGCCCAACCC